AUGGGAUGGGACACUCAGGAGCCCUGGCACAGCUGCGUGGUUCCUGGGCAGUUCAAAGAGGGGGGGUCACUGGGGAGGGCUGCACACUGCAGGGGCAUCACUGGAGGGGCUCCUGUGCUCUGCAGGGCUGCUGGCUGCAUCCUGGCCGAGCUGCUGGCACACAAACCACUGCUGCCAGGCACCUCUGAGAUCCACCAGAUUGACCUGAUCGUGCAGCUCCUGGGGACGCCCAACGAGAACAUCUGGCCGGGCUUCUCCAAGCUGCCCCUGGCCACGCAGUACACCCUGCGCAAGCAGCCCUACAACAACCUCAAGCACAGGUUCCCCUGGCUCUCGGAGGCUGGGCUGCGACUGCUCAACUUCCUCUUCAUGUAUGACCCCAAGAAAAGGGCCACGGCCAAGGACUGCCUGGAGAGCUCCUACUUCAAGGAGAAGCCCUUGCCGUGUGAGCCCGAGCUGAUGCCCACCUUCCCACACCACCGGAACAAGCGGGCGGCCAGCACGGCCCUGGAGAGCCAGACCAAGCGCAGCAAGCCCUGAGCUGUGCCCUGGAACAGCCUGACGUGUCCUGGCUGAGGAGGAUUCCCUCAGCCCAGCAGUCCCAGCACCAUGGGGACGGCUCCUCCAUCCACCUGCCCGUGCAGGACAGGGCAGGCUCCGGUCUGCAGCUGGGUGAGCAGGGCCCCAGAGCCAGGAGAGAGGAGAGAUGGGGCCCGGGGAUGCCCAGGCUUGGCAGGCUCAGUCCUGUCCCAGGCGGGUCCUGGUUUGUGCUGUCUGUGGGGGGAACCCCGACUCUGCCAUCAAUAAAAGCAUCUGGCAGUGGCAACAUU